AUGGGCUAGCUGCUGCGGUAGAGACAGGGGGACAAGAAAAUAGCUGCUUUAGAGCCGGGAGUCUGCGGACGGUGGCCUCCUUCUUUGCAACUGACAGCGGCUGUUUCACGGAUUUAUUUGUCCUUUGACUGGAUUUUCUUUAAAUACGAGAAAGAAAAGCACAAUUAUUUAUUUAAAGAACCCGCAGUGUUCUGAUCAUCCAGCCCUUUCAUAGUAGACCUUGCAGGGAGCAACGAGAUCCGCCGUUUAAAACACAAGGAGAAAAGAUGUCAGGCUACCAAGGAAAGAAGAAUAUUCCUCGCAUUACAAGUGACCGUCUCUUGAUCAAAGGUGGGAAGAUUGUGAAUGAUGACCAGUCCUUCUGUGCUGACAUCUACAUGGAGGAUGGCCUCAUCAAACAAAUUGGGGAGAAUUUAAUCGUUCCCGGUGGGGUGAAGAUGAUUGACGCCCAUGGCCGUAUGUUGAUCCCGGGGGGUAUCGAUGUGCACACGCGUUUCCAGAUGCCCGACCGGGGCAUGACUGCGGCUGACGACUUCUACCAGGGCACUCGCGCUGCCCUGGCGGGCGGCACCACCAUGAUCAUCGAUCAUGUGGUUCCAGACCCCGGGGUGAGCCUCAUCUCAGCGUUUGACCAGUGGCGGGAAUGGGCGGACAGCAAGUCGUGUUGUGACUACUCUCUGCAUGUGGACAUCACCGAGUGGCACAAGGGCAUCCAGGAAGAUAUGGAGACACUUGUUAAGGACCACGGAGUGAACUCCUUCCUGGUCUACUUGGCCUAUAAGGAUGUUUUCCAGCUGACAGAUUCACAGGUUUAUGAGGUGUUCAGUGUGAUCCGGGAUCUGGGGGCCAUUGCUCAGGUGCACGCUGAGAAUGGAGACAUCAUUGCAGAGGAACAGCGCAGGAUCCUGGAGCUGGGCAUCACAGGGCCCGAGGGCCAUGUCCUGAGCCGUCCCGAGGAGGUGGAGGCCGAGGCAGUCAACCGCUCGGUCACGAUGGCCAAUCAGACCAACUGCCCUCUCUACAUCACCAAGGUGAUGAGCAAGAGUGCUGCUGAUGUCAUUGCCAUGGCCAGGAAAAAAGGCACUGUGGUGUACGGGGAGCCAAUCUCUGCCAGCCUGGGCACAGACGGCUCCCACUACUGGAGCAAGAACUGGGCCAAAGCCGCCGCCUACAUCACAUCCCCGCCCCUCAGCCCCGACCCCACCACGCCCGACUAUCUCAACUCACUGCUCUCCUGUGGGGAUCUCCAGGUGACUGGCAGUGCCCACUGCACCUUCAACACCGCCCAGCGCGCAGUAGGCAAGGAUGACUUUACCCUCAUCCCCGAGGGCACCAACGGCACCGAAGAGCGUCUGUCCCUCAUCUGGGACAAGUGUGUGGUAACUGGGAAGAUGGAUGAGAACCAGUUUGUCGCUGUCACCAGCACCAAUGCUGCCAAGAUCUUCAAUCUGUACCCCCGCAAGGGCCGCAUUGCCGUGGGCUCCGACGCAGACCUGGUGCUAUGGGACCCUGACAUCACCAAAAUCAUCUCUGCCAAGAGCCACAACCUGGCUGUGGAGUAUAACAUCUUUGAGGGGAUAGAAGUGCGUGGUGCCCCCCUGGUGGUGAUCAGUCAGGGUAAGAUUGUUCUGGAGGAUGGAAAUCUUCACACUACAGAGGGCUCCGGCCGCUACGUGCCCCGCAAGCCCUUCCCUGACUACGUCUACAAGAGGAUAAAGGCUCGCAGCAGGCUGGCUGAGUUGAGGGGGGUCCCCCGGGGUCUGUAUGAUGGGCCAGUGUGCGAGGUGUCAGUGACCCCCAAAACUGUCACCCCAGCAUCUUCUGCCAAAACCUCCCCUGCCAAGCAGCCGGCUCAGCCAGUGCGCAACCUCCACCAGUCUGGAUUCAGCCUCUCCGGUGCUCAAGUUGAUGACAACAUUCCUCGGCGCAAUACCCAGCGCAUUGUGGCUCCCCCUGGUGGGAGGGCUAACAUCACCAGUCUGGGCUAAGCUCUCUCAUUGGCUGAAAGGGGGAAGGGGACUUGUCAGAGCUGCAACCCUGAAAAUCCCUGCUAAGAAAAAAAAAAGACGUCCCCUCUCUUCAGUCUCUUCAUCCACACCCCUCACCCCCACACCUGCUCCUCUUUGCUACACCUGCACCCUCAAAUACCCACAAAUCUCUUUUGAGUUGACUCAUUUACUGAACUCGCAUUCCGUGCUUGAGAAUUUCAGACUGUAUUGCUGUCGUGUUUUAUACUGUGUGAUUACCGCCAUACAUCAUAUUGCUUUGUUUUGUUUUUAAAGGAAGAGACAAGUGAAACAAGGCUGAGCAAUUGUAUUUUUUUUUUCAUUUAUAGAAAGAAAGAAAUGUGUUCUGGGCUGUGGUGUCCAUGUUUUGCCUUUUUGCCUUGCAAGUAAAGAGAGGUUUGUUUGUUUUUUAACUUAAUUUUUGUUGUUUUUUAUGAGCUGAGAAUAUAUGACAUGAGCGCCGAAAAUAGAACCUCAAAAUCGCCAGAAUGUUGUAUACAUUCAUAUUAUCUCUGGAAAAAGUAUGUAUUAAGUAUGACUGUUUUGUCAGAUUAUCCUCGUUGUUCAGAAGAGCUUUGUACACUGUACCUGAGGUAUUAUAGUCAUUGUGUGAGAAUCGAGUCACUACGCAGAACUACACACAUCACCAUGGAGACAUUACAACAAUUAUUUUAGAUUACAGACUUAUACAAACAUAAAUACACUGCGCAUCUGCAGUAGUUUGCAAAGCCUUUUUGAUGCUGAAAGCGCAGGAAUGACACCUUUUGAUAAUUUCACGUUUAAAGCUGUGAUUAAGGCCUGAAACAAAAGGAGAAAGUAAAGCGUUUCCAAAAGUAGCCCUACGCUUCGCGACCAAUGAUAAAUUUGGUGAAUUUGAGAGGUGUUUUUGAUCUGUGAACAGGUCCUGCAAUGGCUGUGAGCAAGUGUUCAAAAGCAGUAGUCAAACUGGCUUCUAAUGUGAUGCCUUACGAAACCUCGUUCUCUCCAGCACUGGUGCUCCGUGCACUAUGAGAACGGAAACUCCUCGGCAAAUGGCAGAAAUUUCCAUCCCCUCAGCAUCAGACUUUAAUUAACAGGCAGGGUGCAUUGCGUCCGCAGCGUUUGAUGGACUACGUCCAAAGUUUGGCCUAGGAAUAUUGAGGUUGCGUGCUUUGGAAAGGCGGACUGUACACUGCUCUGUCUUUAUCCCCCCCCCAGUCCUUGCAUUCUUUAACCAUGCCUAAACUGCAUCUGCAGAACCCAUGUAAGGUGUAUCGAUAUUUAUAUUAUUACUGAGGUAAGACAAGGCUGUAAAAUACAUUGUGUACAAAAAAAUUUGUAUUAACCGAUACUAAGGUGCCAGAUCUUUUGUAUUAAUAUUAUUAUUCCUCACAUAGUGGUUGUGUAAAAAGGUUUUUAAAGUAGCAUUAUAUGUUGCAUUUUUGCGCGGUGUUAAUACUAUUUCCGAUGCAUCUUCCAAUGAAUUAAAGCUGUUCUUGUGUCCUCUGCGCAUCUUGAACCUCUCUCCCCUCGCUGGUGCGGGCAUAAAUUCAUGGGAAAAAUGUAUCUGCCUGGUUCCUUCCUCUGGUGUAUGGUCGUGAUGUUCAGUCUGUUGGCUGUGUUUUAGCCCUUUAAACGGUACCUGGGAAUGUUAAGUGAUGAAUUAAGACCCCUGGAAGGUGUUUGAGUCGGGAGUAGUUGCCCAGAGAUUUAGUUAAUUUGCUAGGGCAUGCACGGACAGUUUGUCCAACUGAACUCUUCCCUGCCAGAAAUGUAAAAACUGAUUGACAGGAAAAAUAUAAAUUGCUCCAAUUAGAGCUCAAUGUGAUAAUAUUUCAAGGCAAAUCUCCUGAUUCAGAUUAACUAUUUUCUUCUUCAGAAAACAGCCCUAGGCAUCUUUUAAUAGUGUUAAUGCAUAAAAAUGGCUCUUGCAUGUAGUAUAAGUCAUGUUUUAAGGGAUUUACAGGAGGGAAUGAAUAGGCAUUGAGGACUCCUGCUUGCUACCUUAUGACCUCCUUCUACUGUAUAUCCUCACACACUUAAGACUUUUUGCAACUUUGAGCUCAGCUGUCACUUAAAUCUUCCUUGUCCUCCUCACAUCCAUGCACUUAUGAUUUCAGUGAUUUUCAUUAUGAUUGUUAUUGUUUUUAAUGUGUUUUAAUUAUGUGUUUUGUUGGUUUAUUUCAUAGUUUUAUUAUAGGCUCUCCAAGUCACCUUUUGUAGACGCCCUGAAAACCUAGACAAAUGUAAUGGCUGUAUGAGUUUAGCAUGAGCCUCCUGUUUGCUUGCUUGGUGCUGGAAUGCACAGAACCUCAGAAGGGGGGGGCAACAAGGUGUUAAAGAAAGACCCUACAUCUCAAUAUAUUCCUGUCACUUUGAUGGAAUUUUUUUUGGGGGGAAACAUUGUGGAAUGCGUGCACAAGUACAGUUCGGCAGCAGGGGAAAGGAGACCAGAGGUAGUUUCCCUCCGUUUCUUUCCCUCUCUCUACACUUUGUCUAGCUCCAUUGCAUAGUGGAAGUUAAGGGUGUUACCAUGACAACAGGGCUUUAGAGACUCUGGCCCUGCUUUUUAUUUGCUAUGACAACUGCAGUUGCCCCUGGCGACCCUACUGGACCCGGACACUGUUAGAGCAGUGGAGCAUCCAAGCAGCCAUGUUUGUGCUGCACUCAGUGUUCUGCCCCACCCAUGAAAAGUGACCGGCCAGGCCUUCUCCUUCAUGGGAUCCACGGCCAGUCUCCACCCAGCUCUGUCAACAUUACCAGUUUGUGAAUAUAUAAUAAUUGUAUUUUUCAUUUGUGCAUGCAUUUUUUUGACUGUUGAUGGGAUCCAUUUUUUCUACCUACAAUUCCUUUUUGUUUUUUACUGGCUCCUUUGAGUGUCUGAAGUUGGUGCUUUCUGGAAGAUUGCACUAUUCCAGUUUUUUCCCCUGCAGUAUUGCCGACAGUCUCAGUGUGAGGGCUUUAGGGUCCGUGAGGUCACUGAGGGCUUUGGGAUGCAGGUACACAGAGGGUCAGAAAGUUAGCCCUACCCUUCAUUUUGCACAAAGCUCCCUUCCAUUCCAGUGACCAUGUCAGGACAAGGAUGCAGUUUGGUAAAAUGCUGACUUUGUGUACCCACAAUGCAGUGUGGCAGAAUGCUGACUUUGUGUAUCCACAAUGCAGUGUGGCAGAAUGCUGACUUUGUGUACCCACAAUGCAAUGGGGCAGAAUGGUGACUUUGUGUACCCACGAUGCAAUGUGGCAGACUGCUGAUUUUGUGUACCCACAAUGCAUUGUGGCAGGAUGCUGAAUUUGUGUACCCACAAUGCAGUGUGGCAGAAUGCUGACUUUUUGUACCCACAAUACAAUGUGGCAGAAUGCUGGGUCCAAGUAUCCACAAUGCACCUCUCUACAAAAACACUGUAAUGCUUGCCCCCUCCCCCUGCUUUUGCCAGCUGUGUGAUUCUAUGCCGUGCUCAUAUGUGAUGUAAGUGCAGCACUAAGACAAAUUCCUUUGGUCUGAAGGUGAUGUCAUGCUUCCCCCGUUGUAGAAGUGAAAGUGUUGAUGAUGUGUGUUCUCUUAGACUGUGGGGUUUUGAGGAUGCUUGUCUCUCUGAAAGUAUCAAAUCCCAUUAAUGGUUACUUAAAAAUAAUAAUAAAAAAACCCCCAAAAAACA